AUGGCGCCUGCACAGCUAUCCUCCUCCUUCACGUCAUCCCAUGAGCCGCCUCGUUCCAUCAUCACCACGUCCACGUCAUCUCCCAGCCGCGCGAAUCUCUGCUCGCGGCAGCACGCAAUCGUCUUCUCCGUCACGUACGGCGGCCGCACCGUCAGCAUCUGCGUCGCGUGCGCGCUCCUCGACUUCCUCGUCAAGUUCCUCUUCUUCAUCCCGCGCUUCAUCCUCGUCCUCGCGAGCUUCGGCGUCCCGCUGCUGCUGCUGCCCGUCGGAUCGCUCAUCGAUCUCACCUCCCCGCCGAUGCUCGUCGCGCAAGCGAUCGCGCUCGUUUGGUACACCUGUUACCUCCCCGGCCUGCAGACGAUACAGUCGAAGCGCGAGAGUUUCAAUCGCAAGCGCCGCAUGCUGCAGGCGGUUGAGGCGCGGAGAACGCGCAGCAGCGGCAGCGAUGCUGGGGAUUUGCGAAAAUCUCGCACGGAGAUGGUGGUUGCCAAGUCGUUUGCAGCAAUAGAGGCAGAGCACUCGACAUGUGGCGAAGACGAGCGGCAGUUAUCCUCGGAUUCUGCUUCCACUUCCAUUUCUGAUUCCGCUCUUGCGGAAGGAACGGCGGAUGUGUGCACGAGGGAGGCGGGGGAGAGGACGCGGAAGCGCGGCGGGAAGGGGAAGAAGGGAGCGCGGCUUGGCAAGGGAGGCCGCGGCAGCGGCGGGAAAGCUGCAUUCGAAGCGGAGGAGCACAGCGGAUGUGAUAAUAACGAAGAAAGGGAGGAGCACGAAACGAUUGAGCAGAGCAAGGCGGCUGAGCUGGAGAGUGACGUGGCAGCGCAGGAGAGGACUGAAAUUCCGGAAGUUGCAGAGGUUCCAGAGCUGACUGAUGGCUUGCUUGAGGAGAAGGAAUCUUCCGAGAAGGAGCGCUCGCGGAAGAGGGCUUUCAGGAAGCAGCGACGGGCGAGGCGCGAACGAGCCACGUCAGACGCGCGCCAGGGAGAUUCCCCCUCAGACGCCGAAGUCACGUCUGUGCAAGCUGACGUGGAGCCGAAGCAGCAGAAUAUGACUGUUAAUGUUCGGAAGAGUGAGGAGCAGCAACUGGCGCAGUUGACCCAGUUGACUCAGUUGACCAAAUUGUCUCCACCUGAGCUGUCGCAUUUGAUUGAUCAGCUCAUGCUCGUGGCGGCAGGAAACGAGGGUGCAGGAAGCGAGGGUGACAGUGGCGAAAGAGCCCUCUCGAAUAAGUGGUCCCCCACCCCUCUCUCCCCUCCCACUGAAGCCCCGGGGAUGCCCUUCAUGCUACCGCAGGGUUCCUCCUCUUCGGGUUCUUUUGCCAACUCUGCUGUCGAAUCCGCCGUUUCGGGGUUCGAUUGGCUGGAGAGGGAUGCUGACGUCACCCUCCCACCGCCAGCCAUGCCAGUCCACGUGGCAUAUGCUGCUGCGAGCGCCACUGGCACCUCUCCUUCUACUAGGGUGCUGCCGCAAUUUCCCGCUCUCUCUAACGCUGGCUUUCCCUGCAGCGCUUCUCAUCCCUUCCAUUUUGAGGGCAGCGUGAAACUUGGAGGGAGGUCUGUGGAGCGGAAGCAGCAGCAGCAUUGUGCUGUUGCUCGUCUUUUGCCGGGCUCUCCAUUUGAGGGGAAUGGUGAAGGGCCAAAGAUGUCAUCCCAUGGGAAUUAUUCCCUCCUCGGUUCUGGGUUUGCAGACAGCUUGGUAUCGGGGAAUGUGAUGUACACCAGAGAAGCAAUAGAGGAGUGGAUGGAGUAG